AAACCUCUUCAGACGCGUCAGGAGCUCCUUCAGCUCCUGUGAGAGCGACCGGGUGCUUCACAAACAGGAUUAUACCGCUGUUUUUAAGGGAUUGCCGCGAAUGUCCAUACAGAAGUCAAAACAGUGUUUCUGGUUGAGAGCUGAGAGUGAAGAGAGACCCGAGUGAAGAUGUCUGUCUCCACUCAGCUGGGUCUGCUGCUGUGGAAGAACUUCACCUACAGAAGGAGACAAACGCUCCAACUACUGACGGAGAUUGUAUGGCCUCUAUUUAUAUUCUUCAUCUUGAUUGCUGUGAGGUUGAACUACCCACCUUAUGAACAACAUGAAUGCCACUUUCCCAACAAAGCCAUGCCCUCAGCGGGGACCCUGCCCUGGAUCCAGGGCAUCGUGUGUAAUGCCAACAAUCCGUGCUUCCGACACCCCACCCCUGGGGAAUCUCCGGGAGUUGUUGGGAACUUCAACGAUUCCAUAAUCUCACGCCUGUUUUCUGAUGCCAAGAAGAUCUUACUGUACAGUCAAAAUGACAAGAGUUUAGAUGGAUUCAAGGAACUCAUCAGUGCUGUAAAAGUCAUGCAAAACAACACAGCUAGUUUCAAGCUGAAGGACUUCCUCCGUGAAAAUGAGACCCUGUCCACCUUUCUCCAACAAAACACCUCCCUUUCCCAGCAUUCUGUUAAGAAUAUUCUGGAUGCUGAUGUGAAUCUAGAAAAGGUGCUGAUCAAAGGAUUUGGAGUGCAUCUGAGAGACAUGUGCAGCUCCACCACACUUGAGGACUUUGUAACCAUCUCAGACAAGCGGGUGGCUAGAUUCACUCAGGACAUCAUCUGCAAGUCUUCUAAAACCUGGCUGGACCAGGCAGAGAUACACUUCAAGUCCAACCUGGAUUUCCUCAAACCUAUUAGGUCAGAUGUAAGGACUAAUGCCACUGAUGUCAGACAAGUUGCCAAAGCCACAGACAACCUUCUGGAGAGCCUGGGAUCACUAGCUGCAGAGCUGGCCAGUAUGAGGAGCUGGAGUGACCUGCGAAAUGAGAUCCUGUUCCUGACUGAAAACGCCACUGGCUCUCCAAGUCUGAUGUACCAGGCUGUGUCCCGUAUCGUGUGUGGACAUCCUGAAGGUGGUGGCCUCAAAAUUAAAUCCCUCAACUGGUAUGAAGACAGCAACUUUCAGGCACUGUUCGGAAACCACAACAACAGUGAUGAAGAACCAGCUUCAGUCUAUGACAACACCUCCACUCCAUAUUGUAACAACAUGAUGAAGAACAUGGAGACCAGCCCCAUCUCUCGUAUGAUCUGGAGAGCUUUGAAACCUCUUCUGAUGGGGAAGAUCCUCUACACUCCACAUACACCUGUAACACAGAAGAUCAUCCAUGAGGUCAACAAGACAUUUCAGGAGCUGGGUAUUCUUAGAGAUUUAGGUGGAAUGUGGGAAGAAACCAGACCAAAAGUUUGGAACUUCAUGGAGAACAGCGAAGAAAUGGAUCUAAUGCGGACACUACUUCGAAACAAUGCCACUGCUUAUUUCUUUAGUGCCCAGUUGGCUGGGACUCAGUGGAGUGUGGAGGAUGUAAUCAAUUUCCUGUCUAAGCACUCUGAAGACACACGUCCCCAUGGAACGGCAUUUACAUGGCGGGAUGUCUUCAAUGAGACAGAUCAAGCUAUUAUGAGCAUAUCACGUUUCAUGGAGUGUGUCAACCUGGAUAAACUGGAACCUGUGAGCACAGAGGAGAAACUAGUUAAUGAGUCCAUGGGUCUGCUGGAUAACAGAAAGUUCUGGGCGGGGAUUGUGUUCCUGGACAUACAGUCCAACAGUUCAGAACUUCCACCACACAUCAAUUACAAGAUCCGCAUGGACAUCGACAAUGUCGAGCGCACCAACAAGAUCAAAGAUGGGUAUUGGGACCCCGGUCCUAGGGCUGAUCCUUUUGAGGAUUUGCGAUACAUUUGGGGAGGAUUUUCAUACCUUCAGGAUGUUAUUGAACACAGUAUUAUCAGAGCAAUUACUGGGACCAAAGAGAAGACUGGCGUCUACAUCCAACAGAUGCCUUACCCAUGUUAUGUAGAUGACAUUUUCCUUCGUAUUAUGAGUCGUUCCAUGCCCCUCUUCAUGACUCUGGCCUGGAUGUACUCAGUGGCCAUCAUCAUCAAAGGCGUCGUCUAUGAGAAGGAGGCCCGGCUGAAGGAGACCAUGAGGAUCAUGGGCUUGGACAAUGGGAUCCUGUGGUUUAGCUGGUUCAUCAGCAGCCUCGUUCCUCUACUGAUCAGUGCAGGCCUGCUGGUUCUUCUACUCAAGAUGGGUAAUCUCCUGCCCUAUAGUGACCCUGUGGUAGUCUUCCUCUUCCUCGGAUCAUUUGCAGUGGUAACCAUCAUGCAAUGCUUCCUGAUCAGUACGGCAUUUGCACGUGCUAAUCUGGCAGCCGCCUGCGGAGGCAUCAUCUACUUCACUCUCUACCUGCCUUAUGUGCUGUGCGUGGCCUGGCAAGACUAUGUGGGCUUCUCCGCCAAAGUCAUCGCUAGUUUAUUGUCUCCCGUGGCGUUUGGGUUUGGCUGUGAGUAUUUUGCCCUGUUCGAGGAGCAGGGUGUGGGCAUUCAGUGGAAUAAUCUAUUCUCCAGUCCCGUGGAAGAGGACAACUACAACCUCACCACCUGCCUCAUCCUCAUGUACUUUGAUGCCUUCAUGUAUGGCGUCAUGACAUGGUAUAUUGAAGCUGUCUUUCCAGGACAGUACGGUAUUCCCAGGCCCUGGUACUUCCCACUCAGUAAAUCUUAUUGGUUUGGAGAGAGCAACACAAAGAAUACCACAAUACAUGGAAAGACGUGCAAUGCUGGAGACAUCUGCAUUGAGGAGGAACCUACUCACCUUGAGCUGGGAGUUUACAUUGAGAAUCUGGUGAAAGUGUAUCGUCAUGGUAAAAAGCUGGCAGUCGAUGGGUUGACACUGGGCUUCUAUGAGGGACAGAUCACGUCUUUCCUAGGUCACAAUGGUGCUGGAAAAACCACUACCAUGUCUAUUCUCACUGGCCUUUUCCCUCCAACCUCUGGCACUGCUUAUAUCAUGGGCAGAGACAUCCGCUCAGAGCUGAGCUCCAUCAGACAGAGUCUAGGAGUGUGUCCACAGCACAACGUUCUCUUCAGCAUGUUGACAGUGGAGGAGCACAUCUGGUUCUACGCCCGUCUGAAGGGCCUGUCUGAAGAGAAAGUUAAGGCAGAGAUGGAGCAGAUCCUGGCUGACACUGGUCUUCCACACAAACGCAAAUCCAGGACAAGCCAGUUGUCAGGUGGUAUGCAGAGGAAGCUGUCUGUGGCCCUUGCGUUUGUUGGUGGGUCAAAGGUCGUCAUUCUGGACGAGCCAACUGCUGGUGUGGACCCAUACGCCCGUCGAGGCAUCUGGGACCUUCUUCUGAAGUAUCGUGCUGGUCGGACAAUCAUUCUCUCCACCCAUCAUAUGGAUGAAGCAGACAUUCUAGGAGAUCGCAUAGCCAUCAUCUCCCAUGGAAAGCUUUGCUGCAUUGGCUCAUCUCUCUUUCUGAAGACUCAUCUUGGAACAGGAUAUUAUCUCACCUUGGUGAAGAAAAACACAGAACCUUCUCUUAGUUCUUGCAGGAACUCAAGUAGCACUGUGUCCUUUGUUAAGAAAGAUGAUGAUGCAUCAGAGAGCAGUUCAGAUGCAGGUUUGGGCAGUGACCAAGAGAGUGAAGCUGCCACAGCUUUAGGAACUAGUUGGCCUGAAUCUCCUGUUGUUCCCGUAGACGUGUCCCUUAUCUCCAGUCUAAUCCUGAAACAUGUUCCUGCUGCCCGCAUGGUGGAAGACCUUGGUCAUGAGAUCACAUAUGUGUUGCCGUAUGAAUCUGCUAAAGAUGGUACUUUUGUUGAACUCUUCCAUGACAUGGACGAACGGCUCGCUGACUUGGGCAUUUCAAGCUAUGGUGUCUCAGAUACUAGUCUUGAAGAGAUUUUUCUGAAAGUGGCAGAGGACAGUGGAGUUGACACAGAAAUCAUCUCAGAUGGAACUGUGCCCAUGCGCAGACACAGACGACAUGCAUUUGGUGCCGACCACCAGAGCUGCCUCAAACCCCUGACCGAAGACGAUUACUUUGACUGCAAUGACUCUGAUGCUGAUCCAGAAUCUAAAGAGACAGACUAUUUGAGUCUUACUAAUGGUAAAGGCUCGUACCAGGUGAAAGGCUGGAGUUUGAAGAGGCAACAGUUUGUGGCUUUAUUGUGGAAAAGAUUUCUGUAUGCUCGCCGGUCGAGGAAAGGCUUCUUCGCACAGAUCGUUCUUCCCGCUGUGUUUGUGUGCAUCGCACUAGUAUUCAGUCUAAUUGUUCCACCCUUCGGAAAAUAUCCCAGUCUGGCUCUUAAUCCAUGGAUGUAUGAAGAACAGUUCACAUUCAUCAGUGAUGAUGCUCCACAUGAUAGAAGUACACAAAAAUUACUCAAUGCUUUACUAGAUGAUCCUGGCUUUGGAACACGGUGCAUGGAAGGAGAACCAAUUCCUGAUGCUCCUUGUACAAUGGCUGACGAGGACUGGUCUACACCAGAAGUUCCAGAGAGUGUAAGUGAAAUUUUCAGGACGGCGAACUGGACCAUGGAUAACCCAUCCCCUGCUUGUGAAUGCAGCUGUGAUGGUAAUAAGAAGAUGCUCCCAGAAUGCCCUGCUGGAGCCGGUGGACUGCCACCUCUUGAAAUGAAGAUCAGCGAAACCGAAACCCUCCAAAACCUGACGGGACGAAACAUCUCAGACUAUCUAGUGAAGACCUAUGCCCAGAUCAUUGGCAAAAGCUUGAAGAACAAGAUCUGGGUGAAUGAAUUCAGGUAUGGUGGAUUUUCAUUGGGCGCCAGAAGUACUCAGGUACUUCCUCCUGCCGAGGAGAUUGAUGAUGCCAUCUCUCGAGUCAGGGAGAUCUUCCAGCUGGGGAAGAACACAGGCUCAGCAGCGGACCGUUUCCUGAACAGCCUGUCUGCUUUCAUCAAUGGGCUGGACACUAAGAAUAAUGUCAAGAUAUGGUUCAAUAACAAGGGCUGGCACAGUAUUGGCGCCUUCCUUAAUGUCAUGAACAAUGGUAUCUUGCGUGCCAACUUGCCACCUGGCAAAGACCCCCGCAAGUUUGGCAUGACUGCCUUCAACCAUCCGCUCAAUCUGACCAAGGAGCAGCUUUCUCAAGUGGCACUGAUGACUACCUCAGUGGACGUGUUGGUUUCCAUCUGUGUCAUUUUCGCCAUGUCUUUCGUCCCAGCAAGCUUCGUUGUCUUUCUCAUUCAGGAGCGUGUGAAUAAGGCCAAGCACAUGCAGUUUAUCAGUGGAGUUCAGCCCUUCCUAUACUGGCUGGCCAACUUUCUCUGGGACAUGUGCAAUUAUGUUGUUCCUGCAACUCUGGUCAUCCUGAUCUUUGUGUGCUUCCAACAAAAAGCUUACGUCUCUUCCACCAACCUACCUGUACUUGCCCUUCUGCUGCUUCUCUAUGGAUGGUCCAUUACUCCUCUCAUGUACCCGGCUUCAUUCUUAUUCAAAAUCCCCAGCACUGCUUAUGUGGUUCUCACUAGCGUCAACAUUCUCAUUGGGAUCAAUGGCAGUGUGUCCACUUUUGUAAUGGAGCUGUUUGGAAAUAAUGUAAGAAAUCAAUUUACUGGUCUGCUUCUAAUGUUGGUAAUUGUGAUAUCACAAGCAAGUCCUCAUUUGUGCACAUCUCGUCAUCUUCAGGAAAUUGGUGGAAUCAACGACAUCCUGAAGAAUGUGUUACUGAUCUUCCCCCACUUCUGUCUGGGUCGAGGUCUUAUUGACAUGGUCAAGAAUCAGGCCAUGGCUGACGCCCUUGAGAGAUUUGGCGAGGACCGUUUCCGUUCGCCACUCGAGUGGGACAUGGUGGGCAAAAAUCUUUUCGCCAUGGCGGUGGAAGGAGUGGUCUUCUUCACCAUCACGGUCCUUAUCCAGUACCGUUUCUUCUUCAAACCCAAGUCUUUAAGUGCCAAGUUGAGUCCGAUUGGAGAAGAAGAUGAGGAUGUUGCCAGAGAGAGGCAGAAGAUCAUAAGUGGAGCUGGACAAGGAGACAUUCUGGAACUCCGACAACUCACAAAGGUGUACAAGAGGAAACAGAAGCCUGCUGUUGAUCGUCUAUGUGUGGGCAUUCCUCCAGGAGAGUGUUUUGGUCUGCUCGGUGUCAACGGAGCUGGAAAGACAAGUACCUUUAAAAUGCUAACCGGAGAUUCUAUGGUCACAAGUGGAGAAGCUUUCCUAGCAGGGAAGAGUAUACUCAGGGAGAUAGAUGAAGUUCAUCAGAACAUGGGCUACUGCCCUCAGUUUGAUGCCAUCAACGACCUGCUAACAGGUCGGGAACACCUGGAGUUCUAUGCCAUCCUGCGUGGUGUACCUGAAAAGGAAGUUUGUGAGGUGGCAGAGUGGGGAAUCCGUAAACUGGGCCUUGUGAAGUAUGUGGACAAAAAAGCAGGAAGUUACAGCGGUGGCAACAUGCGUAAACUCUCCACUGCCAUUUCUCUCAUAGGAGCUCCACCAGUGGUCUUCCUGGACGAGCCCACCACUGGCAUGGACCCCAAGGCACGGCGGGCACUGUGGAACUGCAUUCACAGCGUCAUCAAGGAGGGACGCUCCGUGGUGCUUACCUCACACAGUAUGGAGGAAUGUGAAGCGCUGUGCACUAGAAUGGCCAUCAUGGUGAACGGCAGGUUCCGCUGUCUGGGGAGCGUCCAGCACCUGAAGAACAGGUUUGGUGAUGGAUACACCAUCAUUCUGAGGGUAGCGGGCCCUGACCCUGAUCUGCAGCCGGUCAUGAAGUUCAUAGAGAGCGAGCUGCCGGGUAGCACCCUGAAAGAGAAACACAGAAACAUGCUGCAAUAUAUGCUUCCCUCCUCCCUCACGUCCCUCGCUCAUAUCUUCAGCAUCCUUGCCAAGCACAAAGAGUUUCUCAGGAUAGAGGACUACUCCGUGUCCCAGACCACUCUGGACCAGGUAUUUGUUAACUUUGCCAAGGACCAAAGUGACGACCAUUCAGACAGCUCCAUUCGUCGUAAAGAGACAAUGGUGAACAUGGCGUUACUCAGCCCUCUGUCUAUCAAAGACAACAUUGAGAAGCCCAUGGAAAGCUUUGUGUGAGCUGGGCUCUCCCUUUACACUACAAGCUAAGUGGAGCCAAUGGAUUCAAUGUGUUUCACAAUGUUUUUGUGGCCUUUGUGCUGCAGUUCUGCCGUUCUGGCCUCCGCCUGAAGAUACAUGCCUGCAUUGGUCAGCUGAGAUGCAGAUAAUGCAGCCAAGAUACUCAAUGCAAGUCAAUGCAAACAAAUUAAAAAGACUUCUCUCUUGUUUCGAGCAUGGCUCAGUCCAAGCCAUGUUGGUUACAAGGUGUUAGAGUGUUAAACUUGAAUAUCUGUCAUCAUUUCUGGUGUAAAACGACUGCGCAGUUGUUUAGCAAAGGGGUCAUCGAUUUCAUCACAUGACGUAAUUCGUGCCGAUGGGUAAAUGCCAAUGAUCAAUAAUUCAGGGUCAGUGUCUUUAUAUUGUAUUUUCUUCAGAAGACUGGAAAUCACAUGCUGAAGAAUCAUAAUCGUUUGUGUGGCAAGGGCUGAAAUGUUCAAUUGAUUUUGUUUGUUAUAUGUCUUUAUUUAUAAGAGAACAAUUGUUUAGCAUUAUUUUAUAGGCUGUUCUAUCAAAGGGCGCCUCACAUUAACUUUGUACAUGCCAAUCAAAGUGGAGUAAACAAUCUUUGUAUUGAGUAUGGGCAGUGUAGAACAAUGCGAAGUGAUUGAUUUUGUAGAGUUUUUUUAUAAAAUAAAAUGUAUAUAUUAUGUCACACUAUGUAAUAAAUACCUCGACUGAAACUGAAAUCCUAGAGUCGGAAGAAUUUUUUUUUUUUUUUUUUUUUUUU